CACACAGAAAACAAUCACUCAUCUAAAGUUGAGAAGUCUCUGUCUGUAGUCUGUACCAUCUUUCCUUCUCUUUUUAAAUCUUUCAAAUUCUUCUUAUUUAACCGAACUUCCUCUGCUUCAUUCUCUCAAACUUCCUCUGCUUCAUUCUCUCAUUCUUUCCUGCGAUUCGUUACUCUCCCUCCCUCUCUCUAAAUUUUUUCAAAUUCUUCUUAUUUAACCGAACGUCCUCUGCUUCAUCUCUCAUUCUUUCCUGCAAUUCGUCUCUCUCUCUCUCUCUCUCUCUCUCUCUCUCUCUCUCUCUCUCUCUCUCUCUCUCUCUCUCUCCCUCGCUCCCUCCCUCCCUCCCUCCCUCUCUCUCUCUCUCUCUCCCUCCCUCCCUCUCUCUCUCUCCCUCCCUCUCUCCCUCCCCCCUCUCCCUCUAAUCUCCCUCCCUCCCCCCCCUCUCUCUCUCCCUCUGUCUCUCCAAGAUUUGCGUUGUCACCAUCACUUAACAUGAGAUUUCCACAUUUCAGUGGUUCCACAAUCCCAUCUGAAAAUCUUUAACUUUCAUGCACAUUCUUGGAGGCUUCAGCCUAGCCUCCUCCUGAGUUCCUCCCCUGCACACACACACACACAUUAUAAAAAUGUCACCUCCCUUCAGCUGGUGGACGGAAGAAACACACAGGGGAACACCAGUAGUAGUCAAAAUGGAGAACCCCAACAACUGGUCCAUGCGUGAACUCCACACUCUUUCAGACGACGAAGUUUUAAACUUCUCUAAAACCAAAAACCACCGCAACAAAAACGCCAAGCAACUCACUUGGGUCCUCCUCCUUAAAGCCCACAAAGCUGCUGGUUGUCUAACCUCCAUCGCGGCCGCAUUGCUCACUUUCUCCUCUGCUAUACGCCAACGUAUCUCCUCUGGUAGAACUGACACAAAAAACUCCCAUACAACAUUAAAACUAUACAUUUUCUUGAAAGUGUUUGCUUUUUUGGCUGCUUUGUUAUUAGGUUUUGAGAUAAUUGCUUGUGUAUGUACAUUGAUCAGGCCUUUUGGUGUUAAGGGUGUGUUUGAUUUAGCUUACUCGAGUUGGGUUUCGAUCAGGGUGGAUUAUCUUGCUCCACCUCUUCAGUUUCUUUCGAAUGCUUGUGUAGUGUUGUUUAUUGUUCAGAGUGUGGACAGGCUUGUUCUCUCUUUAGGUUGUUUUUGGAUUAAGUUUAGGAAUAUAAAGCCUGUUUUGAGUGAUGGAGGCAAUGAUCUUGAAUCUGGGAAUGGAGGUGAUUACUUCCCCAUGGUUCUUGUUCAGAUUCCUAUGUGCAACGAAAAAGAGGUUUAUCAGCAAUCUAUAGCUGCAGUGUGCAAUUUGGACUGGCCAAAAUCGAAUUUACUGAUCCAAGUACUAGAUGAUUCGGAUGAUCCUACGACUCAGUUGUUGAUCAAAGAGGAAGUGCACAAGUGGCAAGAGGAAGGUGCCAACAUUUUGUACAGGCAUAGAGUUAUUAGAGAAGGGUACAAAGCAGGUAAUCUCAAGUCUGCAAUGAAUUGCAGCUACGUUAAAGAGUAUGAGUUUGUUGCUAUCUUUGAUGCCGAUUUUCAGCCUACCCCUGAAUUUCUUAAGAAGACUGUUCCCCAUUUCAAGGGUAAUGAGGAAUUAGGUCUGGUUCAGGCGAGAUGGUCAUUUGUGAACAAGGAUGAAAACUUGUUAACAAGAUUGCAGAACAUCAAUCUAGCAUUUCAUUUUGAAGUAGAACAACAGGUUAAUGGAACUUUCCUCAAUUUCUUUGGAUUCAAUGGGACUGCUGGCGUUUGGAGAAUUAAGGCGUUAGAGGAGUCUGGUGGGUGGUUAGAGAGGACGACAGUUGAAGACAUGGACAUUGCAGUUCGAGCUCAUCUCCAUGGAUGGAAAUUUAUCUUCCUCAAUGAUGUAGAGUGCCAAUGUGAAUUGCCUGAAUCAUAUGAAGCUUACAGAAAACAACAGCAUAGAUGGCAUUCAGGUCCCAUGCAUUUGUUUCGUCUAUGUUUGCCUGAUAUUAUCAGGUCGAAGAUCAGCAUAUGGAAGAAAUUCAACAUGAUCUUUCUGUUCUUCCUGUUAAGGAAACUGAUACUUCCGUUUUAUUCCUUCACCCUAUUUUGCAUUAUUCUUCCCAUGACGAUGUUUGUACCCGAGGCUACGCUCCCAGCAUGGGUUGUGUGCUAUAUUCCAGCUACUAUGUCGUUUCUCAACAUACUCCCAGCGCCAAAGUCAUUCCCUUUCAUUGUCCCAUACCUUUUGUUCGAAAACACCAUGUCAGUUACCAAGUUCAAUGCCAUGAUAUCCGGAUUAUUUCAACUUGGAAGUGCAUAUGAAUGGGUUGUCACUAAGAAAUCCGGUCGUUCUUCUGAGAGUGAUCUCAUCUCUUUAGUCGAGAAAGAGCCAGUACUUCAAAGGGGCAACUCAAUGCCUGAUCUAGACGAAGUAAGAGCUGAAAAGAAAAAGACCUCUAAGAGGAAGAAACACAACAGGAUAUACACAAAAGAAUUGGCAUUAGCUUUCCUUCUAUUGACUGCUUCAGCUAGGAGUCUCUUGUCAGCUCAGGGGAUUCAUUUCUACUUCCUCCUCUUUCAGGGCGUAUCUUUCUUGCUCGUGGGUCUCGAUUUGAUAGGGGAGCAAAUCGCAUGAUUGAAGAUCACCGAGCUUUUAGGACAUAGCAAGUAAAUACAUGCCAUUUGAGCUGGCAGAUUACUACAUUCUCCCAACUCAGAAAGUUCUUUCACAGUUCCACACUUUGGAGAUAGUGUAAUAACCAUUAUAGUCCAUUCGUUUAUAAGCAGAGAACUAGUUAGAAAUCAUAUGGUAACAGUGCUUUUUCUACAUUUAUAUCUACGGUCACCAACAAAUCUCGCUGAUCUACAAUAUAAAUUUUUUUGUAUAAAAACAAAACCAAUACCUGGGAACAUUAAGCCCAGAAUACAUGAUGAAGAAAUCGAGAAACCUCAUACGUGUUAUUGCAUUUUCAACCAUGA